AAAUAAUAAAUAUUUAUUCAUCUAUUAUGUCAACAAUAUAAGUAGAUAUAUUUCCUAAAAUAUUGAAAAUAGGAGUGAAGUACUAAUAUAUUGUCUGUAGGAAAUUUCCUAAGCUACAAUUUGGAUCUCUUAUAAUUUUCUCCUAUAAUCAAUAUUUUAGGAGUUAUGCCCAUUUUUAUAACUCUUAUAAUUACAAUUUUCCAUUUUCUACUUCCUAAUCACUAUUUAAGUGCCUAUAACUCCUAAAAUGUUGAAGAUAAGAAUGAAGUUCUGAGACGUUUUUUUUUAGCAAAUUUCCUAAGCUACAAUUUUAGUCUGAUAAUUUUCUCGUAAAAUCAAUAUUUUAGGAGUUAUGGCCAUUUUUUAAUGACUAGACACAAAUUUUGCAAAUUUUACUAGGUCAACUAGUUAAGUCGCUAUAUCUCCUAAAAUAUUGAAGAUAGGAAUGAAGUUUUAAGACGUUUUUUGUAGGAAAUUUCCUAAGCUACAAUUUGAGCCUCCUGAUUUUCUCCUAAAAUGAAUAUUUUAGGAGUUAUAUCCACUUUUUACACUAAACACAAUUUCUCAACUCACAAAAUAAUAACUCACCCCAAAAACCAUUAUUACAACCUUUAGAAACUAUUUAUAUCCCCUUUUAAUUAAUAUCCCAAUAAUAAUAAGAUUCAAUAAGUUAAUUAUUAAUUACACUAGCUCUCGUAUAUCUAGAGUCUAAAAUAGCAAUAAUAAUGUUAGAAAAAUAAACUGUAAUUAACUCGAGCUAUUAAUAAAAAAUUAAAAUAAAACUGAUGACUAAAUCAAUUAUAACUGCUUCAAAAAAAAGCAUGUUUAGUUUUAAUGGCCCUUGUACUUUUAAUUUCCAUCCAAACAAUCAAACUGUCGUUAAUUACAAAGAACAAGACAAAUUAAUUACCGGGAUCGUAAAUUCUGAUUUAACGAGCUUCGCGGGAAAUAUAACUGCGAAUCUUUGGCCAGCUAGCGGAGUUUGUUUCGUCAAAAAAAAUAAUCAUUUAAAUUUUUUUUAAAAUGGAGGUCAAAUUUUUUUUAGUAAGAAUUUUUAUAUUUGCGAUUUUUAUUUUAAAGAUUGAAGGAAUGAAAACUCAUUGUCCUGGAGUUGAAGUAUUAGAAACUGGAGGAAUUUCUUGUGAAUUAAAAAAUGAAAUUUUAAAAAAACAUAAUGAGCUAAGAAAUUCAAUAGCUAGUGGAUUAGUUGAUGGACAACCUCCAGCAGAAAAUAUGAAAGAAUUGUACUGGGAUGAAGAACUAGCGAAAGGCGCUCAAGAAUGGGCUAAUCACUGUACAUUUGCUCACAAUCCCGAAGAACAACGUCGCAUUGGAAAAUUUAAAAAAUUGGGUCAAAAUAUCGGAAUAACUCGAAGCCGAGCGAAGAAACCGCCCACGAAGAAGGACUUUGUAAAGCAGAUAAAGAAGUGGUUUGACGAAAAUGAGUCCUUUAAUUUCAACCCUAUUAACCCGACAGACAUCGCGACAUCUGGACACUAUACUCAGCUCGCUUGGGCAAACACUUAUCUAGUCGGCUGCGGGUUCUCUAGAUAUCGAUCUCAAGGAGUCACAUACCGACUGUAUGUCUGUAAUUACGCCGCAGGAGGAAAUUCCUUAAAAACUUUGCCGUAUAUUGAAGGAGAGCAUAACUGUCCUGAAGAGUUCCCACCGUCAGUAACAUACCCUGCGUUGUGUGCUACAGAAGGUCUGUCAGAAUCAACCUGCGAUACGGAUGAAGACAAAUCUGUAAACUCUGCAAUUUCAAGCUUACCCCCACAAGUGGAUUCACGGAAGUCGCUAGUCGACGAGAUGGAACAUUCAGCGUAUGAUAACGAAGGAAAUCGCCGAGCUUACAGUCCAGAAGAUAUCGAACCUACCGAGCUGGGGUCAGAAGGAGUUUAUGUCAGAGAUUUGCACGUCGACGCGAUGUAUAAUAUUUUAUACUACUUGAAAUCGCGUGACUGAUUUUUAGUAGAUAAAUAUUCUGUUAUCUAAAUGAAAUAUGUUUUAUGAUUAAACGGUUUGAUUAGUCUUGAUAAAUUUAUUUCUUUUUUUUUUUUUAAGAAUUAUAACGACUGCGACCUAGAUCUUCAAAUCCUGAGUAAAAUGAAUACCCACAACCCUUAUUAAUUAUUCUUCCUUUUUUAAGAAAAUCACGUUAAUAAUUCAUCAAAUGAU